CUCCCACCCAGGCCGCAUGGCGGCGGUAACGAGUCUUCCAUUAGCCGAUUGCUCGAGGAAAAUUUGGUCAAAGAAGAGGCACCUCCUGUUGUACACAAAUCCACACUACUGGCUACUAGCUGCUAACAAUUUUUGCUUUCGUUGUUAAUUACAAACAUUACCCGAAUAAAUAAAGUAGGCAGUCGCGAUGCGCCGCCUGGGCUCCGUUCAGCAGAAGAUACCGUGUGUUUUUCUCACCGACGUGAAGGAAGAAGCGUCCAGAAAGAGGAAGCAUCAGCUGUUUCAGGUGGUUGCCACAGAAAAUGUGAACCCUGUCGCUCUGGAGGCCAACAUAGACUGUGCCUUUGCCACAGAAAAACUGGACGGUACCUGCUGCUACGUUGCUCUUUAUCAAGGUCAGCCUUACCUCUGGGCCAGAUUGGACAGGAAGCCCAACAAGCAGGCAGAGAAGAGGUUUAAGAAGCACCAACAUACUCACAAGAACUAUAAAGAUUUCUCUUGGAACGUGGAGGAAGAUUUUAAAACUGUGCCUGAGACGUGGAUUCCUGCUCACAGAGUCAAACAUCACAACGGACAUCCCAUUCCUGAUCAACUUGGACAUAUUCCAGGCUGGGUUCCGGUGGAGAAGAGCAACAGGCAGUACUGCUGGCACUCCUCUGUGGUGGAUUAUGAGGUCGGGGCAGCUCUUGUUCUGCAGCCCAGCUGUGAUGAUGAGGACAUGCUGGAAAUCACAGCAGUCCCAUUGGCAGACCUUCAGGAGCAAACACUGGAGCUUAUUGGAACCAGUGUCAAUGGAAACCCUUACGGACUGGGAAGUAAGAAGCAGCCCGUCCACUGCCUGGUGCCACACGGCAGUAUUCAGAUCAGAAACCCUCCACCUGUGAACUUCCAGCAGCUCUGCUCCUGGUUCCAGGAGAGCUCAGAAGGCCGAGUCGAGGGCAUUGUGUGGCACUGUAACGAUGGCACUCUAAUCAAGAUUCAUCGCCAUCACCUGGGACUGAGGUGGCCAGACGGUGAAACCUGCCUCGCCGACAGGCCCGUGGUCAUUCGCCUUGAGGGAACAAUUGACACCUACAGCAGCAGCAAGGGCUUGUUGUCGUCUUUUUUCCCACUGAACGGACACCGCUUCAGUCGGCUUCAGGAUGUGGAGUAUGAGCUGUAAACUGGAGAAGAAGAGGCUUGUUUUUACCUCAGUACAUUGGCGAGGAGGAGCCAUUCUGACAAAAAAAAUCUUGAAUCAUUUUGUUAAGAAACAGAACUAAAGGUCUUCAUUAAAAGGGUUUUCAGUGGGUGAAGAGUCGGCAAACUGAAGGUGAAAUCUGAUCUAAUAUUAGGCACCAAACAGGAUUUAAAAAUGAAGACGGUUUUUAAGGUGCUUUGAAAAAUGUGCACAGCUUUGAUGUGAAACUUACUUAAUGACAAUUUAUUACUGUAAAUACUGUAAAUACAAACUUAUGUUGUGUGAAGAAUAAAUGCAAGUUAAUUCA